AUGAUGGCAACCAGACAAGUCCUUUUUAUUUUGCUCUCUACGCUUGGUUCUGCGUGUGCACUGUACAAGCAAUGGGUUCCAGAUACCAACUUUGAAAAUGCGACAAAUUGGGACAAAGGUUCUGUGCCCUGUGGAAGUGAUCAAGUGGUAUUUCCAGCCUCUGGUAAAGUAGCUGUGUAUGUGGAGGCAGCUCAUAUGUUUUCUGGAAUGAGUCUGCCUGUGGAUGGAGAGUUUAUUCUGGCCUCAGGAGCUGGUUUUUCUACUAGAGAAGGUCAGGAUCCUAGCUGUGGGGCAGGUGUCACUACCCAUUUCAGAGACCCUGACUCUCUGAGGUGGUUAGAUCCAGCUCUGUGGAAGGCCGCUUCUUCAUCAGAUCACCUGCAGAAUGGGCCAUAUCUCUUCUUCGUCCAUGAAGAGACUAUACCUUGCCAGCAUGAUGAUGUGGUGUUCCGGGAUGGCUCAUCUUUCCGUGUGGACAUUUCAGCACAUGAGAACAGCAUUCCUGUGAAGAGUGUGUCGGUGCUGGGGAAGAAGUUCAGUGACAACUUUGACUUCUCACAGUAUGCCAGUUCCCAUCUGGGGAAGCUGCAGUUUCAUGGCUCUUCAUCAGUCAGAGUCAGUGGAUCAGGCUGCGAUGAUAUCACUGGAUGUGAAUGUGGAAAUUCAGGCAACCAUGACCAGAUCUGCUCAAGUGUCAAGUGUCCACAGCUGGACUGCAAGCAACCUUUGUACCCAGUGGGACACUGUUGUGAUGUCUGCGGUGCCAUCGUGGCUAUUCAUUUCUCUGACAACUUCAACAUUGAAUCCUUUCGUCAGCGACUGCAACACCUCUUCCUCAGCUUAUCGAAGUAUAAAUCCAUUUGGCUUGCUUUGUCAAAAGUCUCAAAAACUCAGAGACUGAUGCGAGUCAUCCCUUAUGGAAUCACCCAAGAGAUCCAGGUGGUUCUCCAGGAUGAAAAUACUGGUCCACAUUCUGGAAAGCUGGCUGAGUCCCUUGCUAAGGAUAUACUGAGAGACAUUAAUGCCCAUGGUUCUCAUUUGGGCAUAGACAGUGCAGAGUUUCAUGCAUCUUCAGGAGCAAGUGGUGGUAGUGGUGGAUCUGGAGUGAAGGGGAUAAGUGGAGGAGCAGUGGCUGGGAUUAUUUUGGGUAUUCUGGCCUUGAUGGCUUUCCUGGCUCUGUUUGUAGUUCUCCAUCGCCAGGGCACACUCAGAGUGCCAGAUUUAAACUUAUGGAGUAGCUGGAGGAAGGAUGGUGAGAAUUGGGAUCUGGGUGGGCCUUUAGAUCAUGGUUUUGACAACCCUAUGUUUGAGAAGCAAAGCACUUUGCCUGAGAUCUCUGGGCUGUAUGGAAUAGAGUCUCUAAGUGGUAUCACUGUAACACAAUCAGGUGUGCACUUUGUGAAUCCUAUGUAUGAUGAAACUGACUUCAAUGCAUGA